GUGAACAGAAAAUCCUUGUAUGUGGUAGGCUUCACUUAGCUAUGUCCUGUCAAGGUGCAUUGAUCAGACCAAAGAAGACAAUCCUUUUUCUAAAACGGAUAAUACCGCUCUUAUGAGAUAUCAAAGUAGCGUAAUGAUGUACUUAGACUAUAUUAUUAUACAGAUAUGUUAUUUAUAACGAGCUAGCUAGCUAUAUUUGUAUUUUUCAAUCGAUAAAUCAGCAGCGUUACAUAGGUGGCUGUCCAAAGCUAACGUUAACCGUGCUACCUUGCUAGCAAUGUUUACUUGUCUUUCAGCGUCUUUGAUCAAUCUCGGAGUACAAAUCAAGGGAAAGAUGGGCAGUUAUAACGUUUAAAGAUAUAGCUUUACAUUGCUUUUGUGUACGGACAUCAUCUGACGGUGGAGCUAAGUUGAUAGCUAGUUAGCUAAGCUAGCUAGCGCUGUCGAAGGUAACAGCAAUGGAUAAGACUCCAUUCAGAAAUACCCCAAACUGCGGUGACUGGGAAUUGAAAGAGAGAUUAGGCAUGGGCGGUUUUGCCCAUGUUUACCUGUAUCAACAUAAUGAGACUUCUGAAAAAAUAGCGGUAAAAAUGUGUCGCCUGGACUUGACACCGAGAAACAAAGACCGAUGGAGCAGGGAGAUUCAGAUCAUGAAAAAGUUGAAUAAUCUUAAUGUAGUGACAGCGAGAGACGUGCCAGAGGAGAUGAAGCACAUUGCCUUAAAUGAUCUUCCAUUGCUGGCCAUGGAGUACUGCUCCAAGGGAGACCUGAGAAAGAUGCUGAGCAAGCCUGAAAAUUGCUGUGGACUGAAAGAGAGCGAAGUGCUAUCCCUGCUCAAUGAUGUUGGUUCAGGCAUUCAGUAUUUACAUGAAAACAAGAUCAUACACAGAGACCUUAAACCAGAGAACAUAGUGUUGCAGGACAUCGAUGGAAAGUUGGUUCACAAAAUCAUAGACUUGGGUUAUGCCAAAGACCUGGACCAGGGGAGCUUGUGCACCUCGUUUGUAGGAACACUCCAGUACCUGGCGCCUGAGCUGUUUGAGAAUAAGCCGUACACAGUCACUGUGGACUACUGGAGCUUUGGCACAAUGAUAUUUGAAUGCAGCUGUGGGUUCCGCCCGUUUCUGCACAAUCUUCAGCCCGUCCAAUGGGCAAGCAAAGUGCGGAACAAAGGCCCCAAAGACAUCAUGGCUGUGGAGGAGCUGAAUGGGGAAGUCCGGUUUUCCACACAUCUACCUUACCCCAACAACCUGAGCAGUACCCUGUUGGAGUCCAUGGAGAUGUUGCUGCAGCUGAUGUUGAAAUGGGACCCAGUCCAGAGAGGGGGCAAGACCAACCCAGACAGCAAAAAACCCCAGUGUUUCGAGGUUCUGGAGCAGAUAUUAUGCAUGAAGGUGGUCCACAUCCUGAACAUGACAACAGCCCAGGUCCACUCUUUCCAACUGGACCCGGAUGAGAGCCUUCACAGCCUGCAGCGCCGCAUCGAGAAGGAGACCAAGAUUGAGCUGGUCAACCAGGAGCUGCUGCAGGAGACGGGGGUGUCCCUGGACCCCAGGAAGCCCGCUGCCCAGUGUGUCCUGGACGGGGUGCGAGGGUGGGACAGCUACAUCAUCUAUUUGUUUGACAAGAGUCUCACCAAGUACUCUGGCCCCUUCAGUGCCAGACAGCUGCCUGACAAAGUCAACACUAUGGUGAGGGAAGCCAAGUCCCAGCUGCCACUGGUGGUGUUGAAGAAGGUGUGGGCCGAGGCGGUGAGCUACAUCUGUGGACUGAAAGAGGACUACAGCCGGUUGUUCCAGGGACAGCGAGCUGCCAUGCUGAGCCUCCUGCGCUACAACACCAACCUGACCCGCUGCAAAAACGGCAUGUUUGCCUUCUCCCAGCAGCUGAAGGCCAAGCUGGACUUCUUCAAGAGCAGCAUACAGUACGACCUGGAGAAGUACAGCGACCAGAUGCACUAUGGAAUCUCCUCGGAGAAGAUGCUGAAGGCAUGGCAGGAGAACGAGGAGAAGGCAGCUGCGUAUUUGCAGGUGGCAGAGGUGAGCCACCUGGAUGAGGAGAUCAUGUCGUUGCAUUCUGAGAUCGUGGAGCUGCAGAGGAGCCCUUACGCCCGGCGCCAAGGAGACGUCAUGGAACAGCUAGAGGAGAAGGCGAUUGAACUCUACAAACAAUUGAAGAUGAAAUGCAGAACGCCUGAACCAGAUGUGAGCAGCGACAGCUCUGAGAUGGUGAAAGCUAUUAUCCAGACGGUCCAGAACCAGGAUAAGGUCCUCAGAGACCUUUACACACACCUCAGCAAGAUUUUACUGAGCAAGCAGAAGAUCAUUGACCUGUUCCCCCGCAUCGAGAAGACGCUGGAGAACAUCAAGGAAGCCGACAACACUGUCAUGCAGAUGCAGAUCAAGAGACAGCGAGAGUUCUGGCACCUACUCAAGAUUGCCUGUGCUCAGAACUCUGCCAGGAACUCGAUAACAGCCAGCCCGGAGUCCUCCAAUCCCAUGCAGGUGUCCCAGUGGACCCAGCCAAUCAGCACCCCUCACCCUCUCACUUCCCUGCCCGGACCCAAUGACAGUGACGCAGCCCCGCAGCUCCUUCAGGAGAACCAGAAGUACCUUAGUCAGCUGACCAGCCUGAUGCAGGAAGCUGCUGAUGAACAGUCCAAAAGCAUAGUGGCCCAAGAUUGGAGCUGGACUAAAUAUGAAACAUUCUCUACCAAACUGCAAAAAAGAAAUGUGUGAAAAACUUGAGCCACAGACAGCACUGGCCAGGUCACCCCUGUCUGUCCUGCAACCAAGUAACACUAAGGACUGAAGGUGGUUAUCAAAAUGGAGUCAAGGUUAUGUAAUUGUACAUUUUGAUGUGUGGGUUUGGUCAUUCACUUUAACGGCUAACGCAGCAAAAAAAGACAGAUUAAAAAUAGACAUGCUCGUUCAGUCCCUUCUCUAUUUCUCAUUUAUUUGGUGUGAAAAGUGGAUGAUUUAGCAUUGAUUUCAUAUGAAAAAAAAAAAAUUGUUGUCCUUCACUCUUCAAGCAAAUUUCACCUUUUCCUUUGUCUCACAGACCAUUGUGCACCAAGUUCCACUGUUCAUAAAAAUCCAUAUUUAUCUCUUAAUAUGCCUCAGAAUUUCUGUUCUUUAGAGCGAUCUGUAGCAUCCAAUGUUUUGUAAUAGCGGAUUAUCGCUAGAAAAUAUUUGGGUUUAGGAAAUAGGAAGGACGAGAAAGCUUGAUAUGGCCGUGCAUCAUGGCGUGUGACGCAAUGCAAGAAAAACUGAGGUGAAUGGAAGAAAAGGACAUCAGUCAAGCAUCAGCACUUUGACACGCCCAAGUAUCCCAUGUCCCUUUGUACAGAGGAUGUAGCCUGACAUGUCUGGGUCCUGGAUGCCCUCUAGAAUCAUAUUCAUGAAGUCUGCCGUCGUUGCAGUCCUUCAAGGGGACAGGAAAUGUAUAAAGUGUAUUUAGCUGUGCUUCGAUCAAGGGGGUGGGGUGUUGGGCAUAUUUAAACCUGAAAGUGUAAUACACACCGCCUGUUUCUCAGGUGCACUGUAAUUAUUUAGUGUGCAUUCUUUACCCACAAUGCUCGAUGUAUGGAAACGUGACAGGACAUGUCAUGGAAUGUAUUGUUGUUUCAACCCCAGCGUUUAGAUGUUGACUUUAGCCAAGAUAUAGCAAGUAGUUUUUUCUCUCCGGAAAGAGGUGUGUGUUAAAAUCUAUGAGUUGUAUUUAUGUAGUUUAAGUGCAAUGGAUAACAAUUUAAGUAUUUCAGUGACAUGCUGUGUCACUUUCCUUCGAGGUUUGUCUGUCCCCAAGGUUUUAAUCUGUUGAUGAUUGUUUACUUUUCAGUAACUGUGUAGAUAUGAAAUAUUUUCUGGUUAUUAUAAAAGCUGACUUGGCAUGAUAUUGUAUUCACUAUAUUGGGUUUUGAAGAAGCUACUGAACUAUGUUGCCCCCUGACAGCUAAGGAUUGAGAUGACAAUGUAAGCCUACUUCAAUAUGUUUGCGCUGUUUCUGCUAGUAGUGGCCAUUAAUACUUUGGCUGUAUUAUGCUCUGCCAAUGGCCGACUGUGCAUUUUACCUGAUGGUUGCUUAAGCCAGAGACAUCGAAGUGAAGGAGGAAAAAAUAAACAGAUCUAUAAACACAA